AUGAAUAAGUCGAUUACCGUGGAGCAAACCAUAAAUCCGACACAUCCUCGCAGCUGCUACUGCGAUCAUAUGGCCAACGAGUGCAAGGCGAGUAAGCUUCAGAUAGGAAUGGCGACGCUACACUCGCUGAAGACCAGCUUCGUCGUCUGGCUGAAGAAAUUACAACCGGACACACAUUCGAUGAAGCCCGACGCGAGAAGAAGAGUGUAA